CGGAACGGGGUCCCGCGGCGCCUGCUGCCGGUCCGCAGCUCCACAGUGCACGGAGAGGGGAACCGGGGGCACUGCCAGCAGCACAUCCAGAGCUUCCUCGGAAAGGAGGUGCAGGGAGUGAUGUUCGUUCCCUACGCCCCGCACGACCGAGAUACCCACACCCGGACUGUGGGGGAGAAGUUUGAAAGCUUGGAUAAGGCUGUCCCGCUCCGGGCGCCGAGUCCCUCGGUCGGGCGCUGCAGGAUGUGGCCUUUGGGCAGGACUGGACACCCCGGACCCGCCGCUGCAGCACGGGGGAAGGCGGACACCGCCCCGGUUCGGCUCGGGGUAGUGCUGCAGGCAGCGGCGGAGAGAGGCUGGGGAACCGUUCUUCAAGCUGUGAAGUUACGGUCAGCAGAUGGGAUUCCUUACCUGGAGACCAGUGCAGGAACUAAUGUUGCUACCAUCAGCAUCAAUACAACCAAUCACAUGCCAAUCGUUUAUCAACCUUCACUGCAGGCCUUUGGUUUAAUCCCUUUUAAUAUUAAUCCCCACUACCUGGACCCAGAUGUUAAAAGCACUCACAUGGGUGUAAGUAAAGCAUUAAAAAUAAUAAAUAAAUAUAAUAAGCAUAAUAUAUAUAAAAUAAAUACUUAACGUUUCCACCUACGAGAAGGUGCAAUGCUGCUAGGAGACAAAGCCACCUUGCAAAGAGUAACAGGAACACGUCUUGUUUUGAGGGGUAAGAAACCAACUGUACACGAGCCUGGAACAGAUUUGAGUUUCCUUCUGAUUGAUAGUGACCUCCAGAAUCCGUAG